AUGGCGUCCCAGAUCCCCAAGACGAUGAAGGGUGUGAUCAUUGAGAAGAACGGUGGCACAGAUGUCUUGCAGUACAAGACCGACCUACCUGUUCCUGAGCCGAAAGAGGGCCAGCUGCUGGUUAAGAAUGACUUUGUUGGCAUCAACUUCAUUGACACAUACUUCCGAACCGGUCUCUAUCCCCCUCCCCACUUCCCAUACAUCCUCGGCCGUGAAGGAGAAGGCACAAUCGCAUCGACCGGCCCUGGAGGAGAGUUGUAUGGCAUGAAGGCAGGAGAUCGAGUAGUGUGGAUGGCAGAAGGCGCUUACGCCGAAUACACCGCGGUCAACGCCAAAACAGCGUUCAAGCUCCCCUCCGGCGUGGGCGAGAAAGUCGGCGCCGCAGCCUUCCUCCAAGGCCUCACAGCUCUUACUCUGAUUCGGGAAGCACACCACGUAAAGAAAGGCGACUGGGUCCUCGUCCACGCCGCAGCAGGAGGAACAGGACUAUGGCUCUGCCAGUUGCUUAAAGCAGUCGGCGCGAACACCAUCGGCACAGCCUCCACGAAAGAAAAGGUGGAUCUAGCAAGCAAGGCGGGAGCGACACACAUGAUCAACUACAGCGAAGCAGACGUCAAGUCCAAAGUCAUGGAACUCACCAACAACGCCGGCUGCAUCGCCGUCUUCGACGGCGUCGGCAAAUCCACCUUCGACCUCUCCCUCGAAUGCGUCGCCCGUCUUGGAUCCAUGAUCUCCUUCGGCAACGCCUCCGGCGCUGUGGACCCGGUCACGAUCUCCCGCCUCAGCCCGAAGAAUGUGCGGCUCAUGCGGCCAACGUUGUUCAACUUCUUGGUCACGAGGGAGGAGUUUGAGCACUGGAGCAACGAGUUGUUUGAUUUUGUGGUGAAGGCGGGCUUGGAUGUGAGGAUCCAUGAGACGUAUCCGUUGAGCGAGGUCAAGAGGGCGCAGGAGGAUUUGCAGGGGCGGAGGAGUACAGGAAAGUUGUUGUUGGAUCCUUCGAAGUAG